AUGAGUGCUAAAGAUGGAAGCGGUACCGCGAGCAUUGAGAAGGAAGAGGUUGAAGCCAUCGAAUAUACCACGGCUCCUCAAAAUAGCACAAACGGCGCUCAGGAAGGUCGGCUGCCCCAACCAGCGUCCCUUACUGCUGAGGAAGAGAAAAGGCUAUGGCGGAAGGUCGACACGCGGAUUUUGCCUAUUUUGACCAUCAUGUAUCUAUGUUCGUUCCUGGACAGAGGAAAUGCGAAACUUCAAGGCCUCACAACACAGUUGGAUCUAACUGGAAACAAGUACAAUAUUGCACUGACUAUCCGAGUCCUGAAGAAGUUUCGGCCAUCGAGAUGGCUUCCUGGUAUUACGCUUGUGUGGGGGGCAAUAAUGACACUCAUGGGGCUUGUGAAGAGCUACCCGCAACUCGUCGGCACGCGCGUCUGCUUGGGCAUCACGGAAGCCGGAUUGUUUCCUGGUGUUGUAUACUACCUCACACUGUGGUAUCCUCGCCAUAUGCUCCAGUACCGCAUUGGGUUAUUCUAUGGAGGAGCAACUAUGGCAGGUGCCUUCUCAGGCCUGCUUGCCUAUGGUAUCUCGUUCAUGUCUGGUACUGCGGGCCUGUUAGGCUGGUCGUGGAUUUUUAUCCUCGAAGGCCUUGCGACAGUAAUAGUUGGUGCCAUCGCCUUCUUCGUGCUGGUUGAUUUUCCGGACACAGCAGAGUUCCUCACUCCUGAGGAACGCGCAUAUAUCACCUGGAGGAAGAAUCAUGACACGUAUUCAUGUAUAUAUAUCACAGAGUACGACAACUCCUCUGUCGGGGAAGAGGAGCACUUUGAAGUGAGACACCUAAUAGACGCGUUCACAGAUUGGCAGGUUUGGCUGCAGAUCAUAGUCUAUUUCUCCAUCAUCACACCUUUAUACGGGAUCUCGCUGUUCUUACCCUUCGGAUACAACGCAGCAAUCAGCGAGCUGCUCACCGUCCCGCCAUAUAUCUGUGCCACUCUUGUCCUGCUCGUGUUCGCUCUAUGGUCCGACCGCAUCAGGCUGCGAUCGCCGUUCAUCCUCGCGGGACUCGUGAUGUGCCUGAUUGGGUUUGCCAUCAACAUAUCGGACGUCGCGGUCGGGGUCAAGUACUUCGGGACCUUCUUCUGUGUUUCGGGGUCGUAUGCUGCCUUCCCUGGCAUCAUCGCGUGGCUGGGAAACAACCUCUCCGGCCAGUACAAGCGCGGCGUUGGGAUGGCCUUGCACAUAGGCAUAGGCAAUUUUGGUGGCGCGAUUGCCAGCAAUAUAUACUUGUCGAGCGACGAGCCUCGCUAUAUUCUGGGUCACGCGAUCGAGCUGAUGUUCGUCGGCAUCGGCUUCGUGUUCCUUCCUAUCACGGUGCUUGCGUACCAAAGAGUCAACGCUCGAAGAGAUGUUCAACAGCGCGAGAUGGAGAAGGAAGUCAAGUUCACGGAGGAAGAGUUGCGCAAGAUGGGCGAUCGCGCCCCAGACUUCCGCUAUACGCUGUAACAUGAGCAAAGUCGUCUUAUGCUGUGGGUCUUCACGAGAACCCUUGUAUCGUACUUUGAUGGCGCGUUUGUACUUUUGAAUUUUAUUCGCGUCACCAUUGUCUAGUCAA